AUGGCGAGCGGGGUUAUUAAAUGCAAGGCUGCUGUUGCCUGGGAGGCAGGUAAACCUCUCUCUAUUGAGGAGGUGGAGGUUGCUCCACCAAAAGCUCAUGAAGUUCGUAUCAAGAUAGUUGCCACUGCUGUCUGUCACACUGAUGCCUAUACUCUGAGUGGUGCUGAUCCUGAAGGAUGUUUCCCUGUGAUCCUGGGACAUGAAGGAGCUGGAAUUGUAGAGAGUGUUGGAGAAGGAGUUACAAAAGUAAAGAAGGGGGACACAGUUAUCCCUCUAUACAUCCCUCAGUGUGGAGAGUGCGAGUUCUGUAAGAAUCCUAAAACAAACCUGUGCCAGAAGAUAAGAAUUACUCAAGGGAAAGGAGUUAUGCCUGAUGGUACCAGCAGAUUCACCUGCAAGGGAAAGCAGAUUUUCCACUUCAUGGGGACCAGCACCUUCUCUGAGUACACCGUGGUGGCUGAUAUCUCUGUAGCCAAGAUAGAUACUGCAGCACCUCUGGAUAAAGUAUGCCUGCUGGGCUGUGGCAUCUCCACAGGCUAUGGUGCUGCUGUCAACACUGCUAAGGUGGAGCCUGGCUCUACAUGUGCCGUGUUUGGUUUGGGAGGAGUUGGGCUGGCAGUUAUUAUGGGCUGCAAAAUAGCAGGAGCAUCCCGGAUCAUUGGCAUCGACAUUAACAAGGAUAAGUAUGCCAAAGCCAAAGAGUUUGGAGCUACUGAGUGCAUCAGCCCCCAAGACUCCAAGAAACCCAUCCAGGAAGUUCUGGUUGAGAUGACUGAUGGUGGCGUGGACUACUCAUUUGAGUGCAUCGGAAAUGUCGGGGUCAUGAGGGCUGCUUUGGAAGCCUGCCACAAAGGCUGGGGAGUCAGUGUGAUAGUCGGAGUGGCUGCUGCUGGCCAGGAGAUCUCCACACGGCCAUUCCAGCUAGUAACUGGGCGGACAUGGAAAGGGACCGCAUUUGGAGGCUGGAAGAGUGUAGACAGUGUACCAAAACUGGUGACUGAAUACAUGUCCAAAAAGAUCAAGGUUGAUGAAUUUGUGACCCACAUGCUGCCUUUUGAUAAAAUUAAUGAGGCUUUUGAGCUGAUGCAUUCAGGAAAAAGCAUUCGAACUGUGCUAAAAUUUUAGAGCCAAAUGUGGACCUUCUAAUU